CCCCAUACUGAAUAUGUAUAAAUAUAGACACAUGAAGCCAGUCAGACUCAGAACACAACUGUGCAGCAGAGUCAGGAUGUUGGGAACCUCCGUUAGCUGUGUUACGUUCCUCCUGAUGUUGCACCUGCUCUUUUGCUUGAAUCCCUCUGUGGCGUCCCACCUGCAGCACUGCCAGCCCAUCAACCAGACUGUGUCUGUGGAGAAGGAAGGAUGUCCUACCUGCCUGGUGUUUGAGACAUCCAUCUGCAGUGGACACUGCCUCACCGAGGAGCCUGUCAGGAGACGCCCAUAUAUCUCCCAGCAUGUGUGCACGUACCGAGACGUGCACUACCAGACAGUCCGCCUGCCUGACUGCCCCCUCAAUGUCGACCCCUUUGUCACCUUCCCCGUAGCGCUGAGCUGUGAAUGCAACAUGUGCACCAUGGACACCUCGGACUGCACCAUCGAGAGUCUGAAUCCAGACUUCUGCAUGACCCAAACGGCUUUUGAGCCUGCUUACUACUAAUCAUCUGGAGAUACUAGGAGCCUAAAUUAUGAAAAUGAAAAAUUUAUUUGGGAAUCUCAUUGACUUAUGAAUACAAUUCCAUUACAACACAAUUUAUUUUGUAAAUGUUCAAUGUCUUAUAUCAAUAAAUGUUCUCCAAUUUGA